ACCGUUUGAAGGCGGCUGUUCCAGAUUUAGGCGUUACGUUAGAAAUAUGGUGUUAGACUAUGAUUCAGAUGUAUCUGACGGCAGUGCUCCAAUUGGAGAAGAAAGGGAUGAAUCUUCAGACCUCAACUCGUCUAGUGAUGGUGAGGAACGAAAUCGUGUAACACAGAGGAAUAUUUUUGGAGAUGAUACUGAUAGUGAUAAAGAAAUACAACCAAGGCAUAAACAACCACGUUUUAAAGAACUCAUAUUUUUUUUCCAUAUAGAUGAAUUAAUGUUUAGGGAGACGUCAAGAGAUUUGACUAAGCAUUUAUGACGGAAUUUAUAGCGAUCGAUCUAUGCUUAUUUCUUGGAUCUGUCGAAGGAUACACCACUGUCAACAUCUUUCCACUCAUUAUUUUGUUUCUGCGAAACAUUCGCACUAAUUUCAACAUCUUAAGACACAUCUAGGACAUUCUAAUUCCUGUAAACGUACAUUGAAGUCUUCCAGUAUUAGUUCGUAUUGAUUGCAUCAAUCUUCCCACUGAUGUUGGGGAGUACGAUUGAUCAGUAUUUAAUCAGUUAGGAAGAUUAAAAAAAGAACGAAAAUGAAGUUGUGGGAUCAGUGAUCAGAAUGAAUAUGCUUAAUAUGGGUCGAGGAGGAUAAUGUGAUUACGAUCCCUGCACCCAGCGGAAUACAAAUGAAUAAUCCUUCUUAGUGUCGAAAUGAUUAGUAUUCGGUGUUAAUUAGAAUCUGUUUAUAGAUCAAUUAAAAUUACGAGGCCAGUAAUACAAAUAAAUACAUAUAACAUUGAGUGAGAGUAGAUUCAAUGUUUACUUAAAUAUUGCGCAGUGAAUCAUUUAAUAUGGAUUAAGUAAGAAAUGGUAAAGUGGAUCGAGUGUUAAUUAAAUUCCCCACUUGUUCACAAGAUUAAUAAUAAUAAAAAUAAGGAAAGAUGUGUGAAUGGUAGUAUUAAUCAUAAAUGAAUCAGGCAAACGCAAGUUAUAAAACUAUGAAGGGGGGAGUUCUUCAUUAGUCCACUCGAGAAUCAUACCUCCUUCAGGAAUUAGUUUUAAAAGGUGUGCAAUUUUAAAAACCAUCUCUUCACCAUCUAAACUGUAUUACCAAUCAUUCAAACUACAAGCAGGCUUACUACGUUUUGAAGACUACGCUUGUAACUAAAACAUAUUUAAUUGACAUUCACACUAACCUCAGCAUCUUAAGGUACACUUAGGACAUUAUAAUUCCUCUAAACGUGCAUUUAAAGUCCUCCAGUUUUAAAAUUGCUAUAUUUCAGUGAUGCGCGUUUCAUUACUGCUGUAAAAAAUGCAUGACUAGUAUUGUUUAAUUCCUAUCCAAAUAACCAUUCGUGGACGUGUGGGAUGUACUAGACAGCAAAAUUAAUAAACACUGUAUCAUUCCUUAUGUAGCUAGCGCCCUGGUCCUGACAGGUUUACCCCUGAGAUUUUUAAGAAUGGCGGUCCAGUUUUAGCAGCGAGGUUGACUGAGGUCUUAGGUAGAAUUUGGGAACUGGACGUAAUCCCAUCUGACUGGUCUCAAUCACUGAUUGUGCCAGUCUAUAAGAAAGGACAAAAGUCCUCUUGUGACAGUCACGGAGUAAUCAGUUUGACUAAUAUAGUGUCUAAAAUAUUAGCUUCAAUAAUACUUCGACGCUUAACUAAAGCUCGUAAAGAGCAGACUAGAGAAAACCAGGUCGGUUUUCGACCUGGACCUGGUUGUAUAGACCAGAUAUUCACACUACGUCAAGUUCUAGAACACAGACACACAUUCAGACGCCCCACAAUGGUAGUAUUUCUCGACCUCAAGGCGGCAUUCGACUCUGUUGAUCAUGAGGUUCUAUGGCAGUGUUUGUCACUGAAAGAGGAGUACCAAAGAAGUACAUUAACCUUGUGAAGGCUCUCUACUCGAACACAACUGGUCGAGUGAGAGCUUAUGGCGAACUGUCACCAGAAUUGAUUACCUCAAGUGGUGUUCGUCAGGGCUGCCCACUCUCUCCAUUCUUGUUCAACUUUGUGGUCGACGUACUUUUAGAGAUAACACUUUCCUCGUCUAGAUUUCCAGGGGUUGAACUUCUACCGGGAGGUUCACUUGUUGACUUAGAAAAUGCUGAUGACAUAGUUUUAUUUGGUGAAGACUCUGACAAAGUGUAGAGUCUUCUGACCACUCUAAGCAACAAUGCAAGCAUGUUCGGGAUGCGAUUCUCUCCCUCGAAAUGCAAAAUGUUGCGUCAGGAUUGGGUUGCAUCGACACCCGAACUAAUGAUAGGGAGUGAAGUAAUUGAGCGUGUCGAUAGCUUCACUCAUCUUGGAAGUCUCAUCAGCCCUUGUGGUCUGGUGUGUGACGAAAUCUUAGCCCGGAUACAGAAGGCUGGACUAGCUUUUGCCAACUUCCGUCAUUUAUGGCGUAGACGAGAUAUCCGUCUAUCACCCAAAGGACGGGUUUACUGCGCAGCAGUUCGUUCCGUCCUAUUUUAUGUCAGUGAAACAUGGCUGGUAAGAGUAGAGGAUAUUCGUAGGUUACUAGUAUUUGAUCAUAGGUGUCUUCGAAACAUUGUUCGUAUAUCCUGGGACCAUCGAGUAAGUAACACAGUCGUUAGGAAACGGGUACUAGGUAAGGAUGGCAAAUCGAUCGAUGAAGUAGUGAAACAUCAUCAGUUGAGAUGGCUGGGACACGUGUUACGUAUACCCAACGACCGACUGCCUCGACAUGCGAUGUUCAGUGGUAUAGGAGUAGAUUGGAAGAAAGCUAGAGGCGGCCAGACCAAAACAUGGCACAAGUCCAUGAAGUCACUGACAAGUGGACUGAACCAUGUUGAUAGGUGUAGACUACCUGGUUGGGGACCGCGAGAUGAUGGCAUCCGGUGGUUAGAGACCCUGAAUGACAUGGCUCAAAAUCGUUUGCGAUGGCGCAGGUGCAUACACUCUUUGUGUUCUCGCAAAUUUUGAUCUCUUUAUUCUUCCUUGUCUCUUUUUCUUCUCUUCCCAAAUUUAUUUCACUGUAUUAUACUCUUUGAAUAACAUCUCCAAACACUAAUUUUCCCGAUUACUGCUUAUACUCUUAUUACCUCUACCACCACGGGAUUUGAAUCGACCACUGCAUCUCUGUGCUAAUGUGGUGUGGCAACUCGAACUGAUGUACGUACGUACCAAGUUCUACGUUUUUACUGACUGAACUAGCGCCUUUACAUUUACUAAAUUAUUAACGCUACAUAUAAUUCCAACACUACUUGAUAGGUCAGCUUCUUUUAUACGUAUCUGUAUCAUAAAAUAACACCUAUUUGUCACUGAGCUUAUUUUAUAUUUGUUUGAUACAGAGGGGCAUUAUCCCAGUUAUUGAAGUAUUCCUUAAGCUACAUGUUCGAACGCCAUUCCAUCGACUUGGGUUUGAGCACUAAUCUCUAUGAAAGUUUAUAUUAAUAAUUGGUAAUUGAAUAAUGGUAGUUACUGUCAGCCUUAAUCCUUAAAACUAAACAUGAAUAUACUACAGGGGUAUAGCUACUGAUCUCUUCAAAGUAUAGCUUGGUUUCGAUAAGACCAACCAUAAGCGUAAAACCGUAAGUUAGUUUAUAGGUAUUCUAAUGUACAUGUAAUUUUACAACCCAUAUAUUACACAUUUUUAGCUAAGGUUUCCGUUAGUAAUAUGCAAAACUUUAAGUGCAGUCAGCCUAAAACCAGCAUUUACGUCUCUCUUAGUUUGAGCCUCAUACGGUAGGGUAGAAUUGCUAAACAGUCUUAUAAACAUCUGAACCGCACGUCAUAUACUACCCAAAUACGUGGAUAUUUUCUGUCUACACUGACUUGGCAAUAUAAACAUGUGUAUGACUGGUAGGAUAUUUUUGUUUCCAAUUCAAAAAUCUAUGUAGCCUGUAUUGGACAGCUAAAUGUUUAAGAAUUUACAUUUUUGAUUGUUACAGGAUAGUUCCGAAGAAUCAGACCACGAAAAUCAACUUAAUGACAACGCUUCGGAACAACAGGAAACAGAAAACGAUUCAGAUAACUCACCUAGCCAAAAUUCUUUGAAAAGAAGACUUCAAGAUAUCCGAUCCUCUUCUAGUAGUCCUAAUAAUAAUGGUUCUCGGCAAGAUGAUGGUAGUGAGACGGGUGACAAUAGGUCACAAUUAGAUGAUAUGGCCAAUUCUAAUGAUAAUGAAGGCCAUAGAAGUAAUACUGACGAUGUAGAGGAUGAUUUGGCGCAUGAACCGGACGAAACAAGAAUAUCUGUUGAUUUUCCACUGAUUCGUGCGGAUUUAGGCAGGGAGGUACAUCUGGUAAAAAUGCCUAAUUUUUUGUCGGUUGAAACUCGUCCGUUCGACCCUAACUUUUACGAAGAUGAACUGGAUGAAGAUGAAAUUUUAGAUGAAGAAGGACGAACACGUUUGAAACUAAAAGUCGAAAAUACUAUACGUUGGAGGAUUGGUAAGACACCUGAUGGUGAAAUGAUUCACGAAUCAAAUGCUCGUAUUGUUCGUUGGUCGGAUGGUUCUCUGUCGCUACAUCUUGGGGACGAAAUUUUCGACAUACACAAAGUAGAUAUUCAGUCAGACUAUAAUUAUCUGUUCAUACGAGAAGGUAGUGGUUUACAAGGACAGUCAAGUUUAAAAACCAAAUUAACAUUCAGGCCACAUUCAACAGAUUCAUUUACGCAUCGUAAAAUCACAUUAUCACUAGCAGAUAAGACAAAUAAACUACAAAAGGUCAAAAUUCUUCCUGUUACGGGUGCUGAUCCAGAAUCAAAUCGUAAUGUGCUUGUGAGGAAAGAGGAGGAGAAAUUGCGUGCUACACUCAGGCGCGAAAGUCAGUUACGGCGUAUGCGUGAAAAGCAGGCCAUGUCAAGAAGUAGUUUUGGUAGUGAACGUAGGCGAAGUUACGGAGAGGAUGAUGAUGAGGAUGAUGGUAAUACAACAUCUCUAAAUGCAUUAAAAAGAAAUGCGAAAAACUCAUUGUUGGCUGCACGUAAAGAUGUUGCUGCAAUUUAUUCAUCUGAUGAGGAAUCUCUAAGUGAUAUAUCAGAACCUCGACCACGUAAGAAAGUAAGAGCGAAAAUAAGUGAUGAAGAGGAAAGCGACUAAAAUAAAAUACUUUUCCACUGUUUUCAUACGAUAAAUUGUACAUAAUUUAUUUAUUAAAAAAAUAAACAAUUUUCCUUUAUCAUAAAUUUUCUUUAGAUUCCAAAUGGAAUAUAGUAAAACAUAACAUAUUAUUUACCUUAUUAGUUAGCUUCUCCAAUUAGGUGUAUCAACACGACUUAACCUUGUGCAAUAUACUUGAAAACAUCACUGUUACAUACAAUAGUUAUGGUUUAGAACAACUUUACCAGCAUUAUAGAAAAAAUAAUUUCAUAAAGUUAUAAAAUAAGCAAUGCAUAAAGGUUGUUAGAAUUUUUUAAUGAGCCAUGUUUUUGACUACUUCCAACUAAAUGACGGAAGCAAAUUAUCCGAUGAGGUUGGAAUACAGCCUAUCUCGCUGUUGUUUGUAGAGUGAUGGGUGUAGUUAUUUUAGACAAUGCUCAUCGUAAAUUCAACUUUCACAGCUGUUUUUACUUCUCAUUUCAAAAGGUGGAAUUCCUCCUUUCAUCAUUUUAUUAUCCACUCAUGUUUCCUUCCAACUUCUGUUUUUAUCGAUAUGUUUAAAAUCACUCAGAUUCCAGCUAAUACAUCUUAAGCGUCCCUCUCCUAUUAUUUUCAUUUUAGUCUUCGGUUUGCUUUCAGAUAAGCUUAAUAACUCGGACGAACAGAUACUACAAUGACUUUGUAUUCACUAACCACGUUAAUUACGAAAUUGUAUUUAUAAACUUAAGUGUAAUUCUUUGUCAGUUAGUAGUUUAGUCUUUUAAUGAAGGAAAUGAGAUAUUUUCACACUAGUUGUAAACAAGACAGAAUUCUGAUUUCGCUUAACGAUCGUACGAUAAGUUAUAAUGGAUGAUUAAAGUAUACAAUUACAUGUUUGGAAAUGCAUUGAACAGUCAGGAUUCCCGCUGGUAAACUCCGAAGUUAAUAGUCAGUAUAUUCAUAAAGAGAAGGUAAAAAGAAAAGGUAUUUUCAUUUUCUUUUUAAUAUCACUUUUUAUUGACUGUCGAAUGUUAACAGUUGAUUCGUAUAAAGCAUAACUCAAAUAGUCUUAUCAUGACGCUUUUCAUAUUUAGGUAGCCAUGUUUUUUAUUUUCACAUUUUACAAUGACGUCAAGAAUAAUAUGUGACACUGCUACAAAGCUUGUCAGUCUACAAAGAAAUACAAUUAUAGCCAGAUGUCAGAAAGUAUUCCUGUGUUCUAAAACCUGAUGAAGUGAGUAUUUGAUCGAUUCAUUCAUGAUCAAGUCUGAAAUGAUACUGGUUUUCAUAAGUUUACCAUUCACAAGCUUCAUAUAUGUGCAUAAGUCAGUAGUUAAAAAAAUGAGCUCAUUAGCAAUAAUCGUUGAUAAUAAUGGUGAACUUGUUUUUAUCAUCUUUCAGUUAAAUUUUACGUGAUGAACAGAAUUUGUAUUACUAGUGAUGUGAUAAGACAAAUCAACUAACAUAUGUUGUCAUUCUAUAUCAGAGCUGACUAGUGGUGUUAAUGAAAUACUUUAAAGUUGUACUUUUUAUCAGUCACUUGAUUAUUAACCCUUCCCCUUUCAGUUAGUAAACUAAGAGAUGAGAGAAUAAAGUUAAAAAUGCAACUGAACAAAUGACAAAAGCAACCAAAAAUACACUUCAACAAGUUAAAAUAUAAACAAACGGAAGUUGUGUAGAUGAACGCAGUCAAUAACAAAUGAUGAACUAGUAUAUGAUCUUGCUUGAAUCACACGGUCGAACAAUGAAAGAAACUCA